AUCAGCAACGUCGAUCCAGACUUUUGCUUACUACUUGAAGUACAAGACUCACAUAGGACUGAGAGCCUGUCAUACCCCAAGAAGAUAAUUGGACGCUUCUAUCACCUAAAACAGCUUCGCAAAGGGAGCAACCUCUCCACACCACCGCAGUCAUGUCGACAUUCGGCCAGCACUUCAAAGUUACUACCUAUGGCGAGUCCCACUGCCUCAGCGUCGGUGCCAUCAUUGAUGGCUGCCCUCCUGGCAUGACCCUUACCGAGGCCGAUAUCCAGCCCCAGAUGACCCGACGACGACCCGGUCAGUCUGCGAUCACAACACCGCGAAACGAGAAAGAUAAAGUCGAGAUCCAGUCCGGCACCGAGUUUGGCAUAACAUUGGGCACGCCUAUCGGCAUUAGGGUCAUGAACGAGAACCAGCGUCCAAAGGAUUAUGGCAACAAGACCAUGGAUAUGUACCCCAGACCGAGUCACGCAGAUUGGACCUACCUCGAGAAGUACGGUGUCAAGGCCAGCUCUGGUGGCGGAAGGAGUAGCGCGCGUGAGACCAUUGGACGAGUCGCUGCCGGUGCAAUUGCUGAGAAGUACUUGCGCGAGGCAUACGGUAUCGAGAUUGUCGCAUUCACAGCCUCCGUUGGCAACGAGUUCCUGUUCCCUCCCACACCAACGCAUCCUACCGCCUCAACCAACCCUGAGUAUCUAAAGGUAAUCGAUACGAUCGACCGCAAGACCGUUGACUCUUUCUUGCCCGUGCGAUGCCCACACGAGGAGAGCAACGAGCGCAUGGAGAAGCUCAUUGCUGAGUACAGGGACAGGGAGGAUAGCAUUGGCGGCACAGUGACAUGUGUCAUCCGAAACUGUCCGACCGGGUUGGGAGAGCCGUGCUUCGACAAGCUUGAGGCAAAGCUCGCGCAUGCUAUGCUUUCUAUCCCGGCUACCAAAGGCUUCGAGAUUGGAUCUGGUUUCGGCGGUGCCCAGGUACCCGGCUCUAUUCACAACGACGCCUUUAUCAAGGCACCUGCUGUCCCUGCAGGUGCUAACGGCACGUCGAAUUACCCACGACCAAGGCUCACCACCAAGACCAACAACUCAGGCGGUAUUCAGGGUGGUAUCUCUAACGGUGCACCCAUCUACUUCAACGUGGCCUUCAAGCCCCCUGCCACAAUCGGCCAAGCCCAGGCAACAGCGACUUACGAGGAGGCGGACGGUGUCCUCGAAGCUAAGGGUCGGCACGACCCGUGUGUGGUGCCUCGUGCGGUACCCAUCGUCGAAACUAUGGCGGCAUUGGUGAUCAUGGAUGCGGUUCUGGCGCAGCAGGCGAGAGCGGGUGCUAGGAGCUUGUUGCCAGCCCAUGCGGGUGUCGUGCCCGUUCAGAGGUAGAUGCGCAAGACUCUCUGCUAUGCCUUUGGUAUAUGUUAUGUGCAUAUGUAGACCCUGAUUUGGUG